AUGAAGCAGCGACCAGCUGAGAAUGGAAGCAGGCUCCUUUUACAGGAAUUUGGAGUCAGUUGUUUGUCUCACGUAGAUGAGGAAUUGGGACUCAGCGAGGAUCCAUCUUGGAAGUUCGGGCGACCUGCUGAGUGGCCGCGCUACAUGCGUCACCUGUCUGGUCGCGGUGCUGCCAUGGACCUGGGACCCAUGCGCAAGAGUUACCGCGGGGACCGAGAGGCUUUUGAGGAGGCUCAUCUGACCUCCCUGGACCCCAUGAAGCAGUUCGCUGCCUGGUUCGAGGAGGCUGUCCAGUGUUCUGACGUAGGGGAAGCCAAUGCCAUGUGUCUGGCCACCCGCACCAGGGACGGGAAGCCCUCUGCCCGCAUGUUGCUGCUGAAGGGCUUUGGCAAGGACGGCUUCCGCUUCUUCACCAACUUCGAGAGUUGCAAAGGAAAGGAGCUGGACUCGAAUGCCUUCGCGUCCCUCGUCUUCUACUGGGAGCCCCUAAACCGUCAGGUGCGUGUGGAGGGCCCCGUGAAGAAGCUGCCUGAGGAGGAGGCUGAGAGCUACUUCCACUCCCGUCCCAAGAGCAGCCAGAUCGGAGCUGUGGUCAGUCAGCAGAGCUCUGUGAUCCCCUACUGGGAGUAUCUGAGAAAGAAGAAUGAGGAACUGGAGCAGCUCUACAGGGAGCAAGAGGUGCCCAAGCCAAAAUACUGGGGCAGCUACUUCCUGUGCCCGCAGGUGAUGGAGUUCUGGCAAGGCCAGACCAACCGCCUGCAUGAUCCGAUUGUCUUUCGGCGCGGCCAGCCCGCGGGCGAUGCGGCGCUGGGGCCCAUGACCCGGCGCGGGGAGGAAGGCUGGCUCUACGCCUUGACCGCAGCGUCGGUCGGCUGCGGCGGCGCUGGGCGGCCCAGGGGAUUCCGUGCAGCCAAGGUCACAAGCGCCUACGAGAGCCGUGCUGUUGGCUGUGUGGUCCAGCAGCCCUUUGGAAGCCCAUUUGAGAACCUGACGCCCACCCCCAGCCCCAGUGAACCCAAUUCUGCAAUUAAACAUGCCCCCAGGUGA